ACAUCCAUAAUUAUAUAAGCACAUUUCUGAUGAUUUGGAGGUUAUUAAAAGCUCUAAUGCAUUAAUCUUGCCAUUUGUUCAGCAAAUUCAGACGGUCAAAUAGUUCUCCCAGAUCAGAGGAUCAAAUGAAUAUUUUUGAAGCACAUAUUAGAGGAAAAUUGAAUUUGUGUGAGUUUCUAAAUUUAUUUGUUUAAUACCAUUUUUUAUCAAACAGGAACCAGAUAAAGAUGAGGUGAUGGAAGCCUUGGGUGAUAACAGAGAACAAAUUUCAGGGGGUGAUAUUUUACCUAAGAAGAAAACAAAGGCUUGUACAUCACCAACAUUGAUGAAUGCUUUGAUAGCCUAUCCUGUGAUAGAAGAAGACUUGGAGGGUCCAGUGAUCAAACCAGCACUUAGUCUGACUUCUUCUUAUUAUCUCAAGUUCAUCAGCCUGCGGAAUUUACCAAAAGAAGGAGUGUUGGAUCUAAGAUUCAAAACGGAAGAACUGAGGAAGAAGGCCUAUGCCAUGUUGUCUGAUGUCAAAAUGUGUGGAGAAAGUCAGCCUAAAAUUCUUGUCUCUAAACAGACCCCUAACAGGCACCAGUUGCUUCUCUCAAAAGCAGUGGAUUUUGUUACCAAGAGGACUCAGGAUGAAGAGCCUGCAGAACCCGUGUCUGUGUUUGUGAACAACAUUCCAUUUGACGCUCGUGUGGAAAUGCUACAUUUCCUGUACCCAACAGCCCGCAGUGUCCAGCUUCCCACAAACAGUCAGGGUGGUGCCCUGGGCUAUGCGAUUGUUGAGUUUUCAAACCUUCUGGAGGCAAAUGCCGUUGUGAAGAACAACAAGGAGUACCCUGCCAGGAUUGGUGACAGCUACCUUAACCUUCAUGUAAUAGGUCAUGAAGAGGUCAGAGAAGCUCCAAAACCAAGAAUCGGCGCAGAAACCAAGAAGACAUCAGUUCAAGUACAGAAAACUAAAAAUGUCACUGAGAGUUUAAAGGCUCAGAAAAGGCCAGGAGAAAAACUGGGAAGUUUGAGGCAGGGCUCCAAGCAGCCAAGAUUGUCUGAAAAGGAGGGCUGUGAGAAAAAGGGUGCAGGACCAUUGAGCGAGUCAUCCUCCAAUGGCUCAGAAAAACGUCGACCGAGCACAACUGAUGAUAGGACUGCCUUGAAGAAGGACUUAAAGCUUUUUAAGGUGUUUAUUGGAAACUGUCCAAGAGUGACUGCUGAGGAAUUGCAGGACUUCCUCAAUAAAAAAAUGUUGGCAAAGGGCCUCUGCGGUGAAGAUGAGAGACCUGUGAAGAGAACUUUGGUUGUGCCUGACAGAAAGUACCAGUUUGCUGAGCUUGGUUCUGCAACACAUGCUGUGGCUGCAAUAAGGCAUUUAAAUGGCAUCAAAUUUUUUGGGGAAAAGCUAGUCGUAGAGGAAGCCAAGACGAAAGAGCCAUUGAUUAGAGAAAUGGAAUUAGAAAAAAUUGAAGCACAAAGCAGACCGAAACUUUUCACACUGUUUAUUGGAAAUUGUCCAGAUGUCAGUGCUGAAGAAUUCCAGGACUUCCUCAAUGAAGAGCUGGUGGCAGAGGGCAUUUGUGGGGGAGAUGAAAGGCCAGUGAAGAAAGUUUUGGUGCAAGCUGGCAGGAAGUACCAGUUUGCAGAGUUUGAAUCAGCAAAGUGUGCUCUGGCAGCGAUAAAAGAACUGAACGGCAGGACGUUCAUGGGUAAAAAGUUGAAUAUUCAGGAAGGAAAGAACGAAUUUCCAUUGCUGAAAGAAGUGGAGCUAGAGGAAAAUGAAGUUCGUGGUGGUAAAAUAAGACGGUCUUUGGCAGCAAGAAGAGCAAAGCCUGCAAAGAAUUAUAAUGUUUUUAUUGGGAACUGCCAGGACACAACCGCUGAUGAACUAAGAGACUUCCUGAACGAGCAGAUGGCUAUUGAAGGGAUCUGUCGUUACGACGAUUUCCCUGUCAAGAAGACACAAGUUCAGAAAGGCAGAGCCUACCAGUUUGCUGUUUUCUGCUCUGCAUCAUAUGCAAUGGCUGCAAUAGAACAGUUGAAUUUUGUCACUUUUAAAGGAGAGAAGCUGAAGAUAAAGGAAGGACAGAAUAACAUUCCUUUGAAAGAGGAGGCAGAGAGAGAGAAAGCCCAUUUGAUGUUAGGCGGAGAUGAAAGUGAGGAAUCAACAAUUUAUAUAGGAAACUGUCCUGUGGCCACAGUAGCUGAAUGUCAUGACUUUUUCACAAAUUUACUGAGGGAGCGAGGAAUCUGUGGUCCCACAGAGCAUGUGGUCAAGAGAGUGAAGAAGAAAAAUAGCAGAGAUUUCCAGUUUAUUGUGUUCUAUGAAGAGUCACAUGCCAUCAUGGCCGUGGAAGAGCUGAAUGGAGUGAUAUUUAAAGGGAAUGAAUUAACUAUCAAGUCCGCUAACAAGAUCAAUAAAACCAACACACAGAUGGAUCGACCCCUAGACAGACCUAUGGAUGGAUCCUUGUCAGAGUUUCAUUGGACCCCAGAUUUCCAUCAGGGUUUUCCUCAAGACAUAUCUAUGGUGGAUACUGCUUCAGAAGGUUUUGACGUAUUUGUGGGAAAUGUACCAGACACAAACUGUGAGGAAUUGGAGGAGUUUUUCAGAAGAGAGUUCAUCAUGAGAGGCCUUUGUAAUGUGAAGGAAACGCCAGUAAAGAAAAUCAAAUUUAUUGCAAAUCGGCAGUAUCAGUUUGUUGUUUUUCGUUCUGCGGCUGCUGCUAUUACUGCUAUAGCAGAGCUGAAUGGGGUCAUAUUCAAAGGUUCAAAACUGAAAAUAAAGGCAGGACAGAACACCCCAAUAGCAGCUCCCAUGAUGUCAAAGUUAGCAAAUACAAGGGACAUGUCUGUCAUGAUGUCUAACCUAGCAAACUCACGGGAUAUGCCUACCAUGAUGUCAAGCCUAUCAAACACAAUGGAUAUGCCUUCCAUGAUGUCAAACGUACAAAACACAAGGGACAUGCCUGCGAUGAUGUCAAACCUAGCUAACACGGUGGAUAUGCCCGCCAUGAUGUCUAACAUUGCAAACACUAUGGACAUGCCCAUGGCAGAUUUACCAGGUGUUCCCUUUGUGCAGAAUCUGAUCAACCAAGCAAAAUCUCAAUAUGUGCCAGCAGCAGCUUCCUUCAGGCAGCCCACACCAUCAUUUUUACCUCACACUAUAAGCUUGGACGAGGACAUGCCUACCAAGGGGUAUGAGGUCUACUUUGGAAAUAUGCCGAAAGCGAUGAGGCAGUCAGAGGAGCUUGAUCUUCAGCAGUUCAUUGAGAGAGAGUUCAUCAGACGAGGACUGUGUGGGACAAAUGACAGACUUGUUGCUCACAUGAAGUUUGAGGUGGGCAGGGCGUACCAGUUUGUGGUGUUCUAUAAUUGGAGAGAUGCCAAAGCUGCAAUUCAGGAACUAAACGGAGCGAUGUAUCAAGGUCAUGUGCUCAAGGUGAAGGAAGGCUUACCUGCAGGUAAAAUCCCUACUGUAAAGCCAGUAAGAGAGCCUCGGGACAGAAAACCGGCCUACACCCCACCCAGGUUUGAGAAAAGAGGCCCAGCUCCCUCGAAGCAGGUGGGCACUUCUGAUGGUUUUGAUGUACAUGUGGGUAAUGUCCCCAAGUGUGAAUCUGCGGAGCUGAAGAAGUUCUUCAUGAAGCAGUUACUCAGCUUAGGCCUCUGUGAUGAGGGUGAUAAGCCAAUCAGAGGCGUUCGUUUUCAGGCAGGAAGAAAGUAUCAGUUUAUUAAUUUCUAUGAUGAAUCUGAUGCUAAAGCAGCUGUGACUGUGUUGGAUGGGUUGAGGUUUAAAGGCAGUCAGCUCAAUGUUGGGAUGGGUCAUCAGAAGUCAACCAGGCCAGAGAACCUGCAGAGGAUAAGUAGAUGAGAUUUAUACCUGUGAAUCACCAGUCAAAGAGACUUUAAAGAAAAGAAAGGACAAGAGGACUUCAGACUCCAAUCAUCAUAUUCUCAUUGAUAUUGAUUUGCAAGCAUCAUAUUUUUUGUUGGCAUUUUGUGACUUCGUGUCUAAAUUCCAUUGUAAAGAAGAGAUAUGGUGUGGAAUACGAUCAUACUAUACAUAAUCGGUUUAUUUUUAAUUUUAUUUGCUACCUACAAAAUGUGCAUAUAAUGCAGUACAACUGUUCAUUGAAAAUUCUGAUUAUGCCAAAGAAUCACCAUGCACUUUCAUGUUAUUACAUCAUUAUAUAUCCAGGCAGUUCUGUAUUAACGUUUUGCUUCACAAUUUACAAAUUUUGUCAGAAACUAGCUUUGUCCAAUUCUAACAUCUUGGGUUUAAUACCAGAGAAUGUGUGCCUUAAGUACAGACCAUGGGUAUAUACUUAUUAAAUGUCCUUUUAGAAGUACCACAUUAAAACCCCAAGCAUGAAGUACCACACUAAAACCAAAAGCAUUCAAGCAUUCUGCAUUCUAGAUUGAAAGCCCAUUUGAUUUACUACCACUGUAAAAGGUUGAGUAUAGAACUUCACAAUAGGCAUGGUGCUUCGUUUUUUUUCCUGAAACUUUUGUUCAUGGUUGACAUUAUUCAUCCCUACUGUGUGAUGUACAUGUUCCGAAAAUCAUUUACAGGCUUGUUUCUGUUCAUGUUUGUACAAAGGUCUUUGUAUGGUGAUAAAAUCACUUCAAACUAAGCGUACUGGCUCUGUGCGUUUGUAAUGAUCAAAAUCAUAGUUAAUGACAAUUUUCUUUUACCACAUAAGUACUAAAACCUGUGAAAUUAUGCAACGCUGAAUGCUGUUUUAAUAAAUACUGCAUUUAUUUAUGAA